AUGUCCGCUACAACGAGUCAGAGCGCAGGGCAAGACUGGACGGCAUACAAUGUUGAGACAGCUUUCCAACAACCAGAAGACAUCAACGAGUACUUCAGCCUCACGUCUCCACCAGAUCGCAAGAUAUGGAGACUUAUCAGAUCGCGGGAUGAGUUCACGGCACCGAUGUUGCUGAGGAAGCUCGAUCGGCCAUUCGUCAUAGCGGAAGCGACAGUGACAGUACCUCUCGAAAUGGACUUCGAUCAGGCUGGCAUUGUCUUAUUCCUUGAUACUUCUCCCUCAGAGCCGUGGAUCAGUCCCACUUCAUAUGAGGGACGAAGGCGGCGACAUGGAUCCAACAGACCUGGAAAGUGGGUGACUGUAUCAUUACAGAUGUCUGAAAAUGAUGUCGGACUGGGAACUGUUGUAACGUACCCAGAUCGCGGCCCCGACUUCUCUUUUACCGCCUUACCCAUCUCCAAGGAUGGCCCGGAAUACUCAGACUGCAACCACGUAAGUCUACGGCUGAAGCUCGAAAACGUCAACGACAUGCUAUGGAUCUUCUAUAUGAUUCCGGAUAUCCAUCGACAUGAGUGCCAAAGCGUUGAGGAGAUCACUGCCCAAUGGAAGAAAGUGCGAGAGAUCAAUGGCUUCUUCAGUGACCUGAGCAUGAAGCCUUCCGUGCUCGUCGGGUGCUACGCAAGCAGACCGCUGGAGAUGGACGAGGACGAGCAAUCGGACCUGACGGCAGAGUUUGAGGACUUGGAACUGCUACAGCGGUGA